UUGCAGGUGCAUAAUGUGACUUCGCCACACACGGAGUACGGCUUAGAGCCGGAUACUGAAUACACAGUAUACGUUCAAAGUCACAGUGCCGCUGGUGACAGUUUAAUGUCAACCGCUGAAGUCUUCUUCACUCAUCCACUCAUUUCUUCUUUCUGUCCAUAUGGCGAACCGCUCUAUCUUCCAAAUGGACACAGGUAUUACUGUGGUGCUGGUGUAAGGGAGUGUCCACCUGGUUAUGAUUGUGUUGUGGCCGGCACCUCGGAAACUGACACGUUCUGCUGCUCAAAAACAUCAGAUGCGGAUUUGGCAAAGGAGUGUUGCAUAGAGCAAGGAAUUUCGACCAGUUGUCUGUCACAAUGCUCGAAUAACAGCGCACUGACAUCGGAGUGCGCCGAGUACGGUGAUGUGUGGGUACAGUGUACUUCUGCAGGGCAUGAUCACACCAGAUGUUGUGCCGAGUCCGGUAAUUCAAUUCUGUUCGAGUUGCUUUGA